AUGGGAAUGGAAUCGUGGCGAUCCUCGUUCUUAUCCGAAGAUUUCAUUUGGACGCGAGAAGGAGAUGGGAAUCGGAGUAAUUGUUGUUCAUGGGAUGGUGUAGAGUGUGAUGAGGACUCUGGCCAUGUUGUUGGCCUUAACCUCAGCAGCAGCUGUCUCUACGGUUCUAUCAAUUCCAGCAACACUCUCUUCCGCCUUGUUCAUCUGCAGAGGCUUGACCUCUCAGAUAAUCACUUCAAUUUCUCUCAAAUACCAUCGAGAUUUGGUCAUGAUCUUUCGAGUCUAACGUAUCUCAACCUUUCAAAUUCCUUUUUCUCUGGCCAAAUUCCAUCAGAAAUUUCAAAGCUAUCGAAGCUGUCUACCCUUGAUUUGUCUGCCAAUUAUCGGAAAGCUGAUGCUUAUGGUAUCCCUUUGAAACUGACCAAGGCCAACAUGAGAAGCCUGGUUAAGAACUUGACCACCAUAAAACAACUUCAUCUUAGUUGGGUAGAGAUGUACUCCACUGUGCCUGAUAUCUUGGUCAAUGCAUCUUCUCUUACAUCUCUCCAACUUCGCUCUUGUGGGUUGAAUGGGGAAUUCCCAGUAGGCAUCUUCCACCUACCAAACUUAGAGGUUCUGGAUGUGUAUGGUAACUCAAACCUUACCGGUUAUUUCCCUAACUUUAACAGGAGCAAUAAUCUCUUGAAGAAAUUGAAUGUUGCGUUCACAAAUUUCUCUGGCAUGCUGCCUGCUUCUAUCGGAAACCUCCAUUCCUUAAAUUUGUUGGACAUCUCCGAUUGUAAUUUUUCCCACUAUCUUCCAUCUUCACUCGGAAACCUUACCCAGCUCAACUACCUUCACAUGAGUGGAAUAUUUUAUGACGUUCCAAAUAAUAAUUCCACAGGCCAAUUAGUUUCUGAAUAUUCCUUGUCUUGGAUAGCGAGUUUAACCAACCUCUACAGUUUGUCCCUUGCGGUCACCAAAUUCAGGGGAACAUUCCCCAGUUUUGUGGCUAACCUCACGCAACUUUCAUUUCUAAACUUGGUGGGUAACGAAAUAACUGGUCAAAUCCCGUCUUGGCUUACGAAUUUGACCCAGUUAACUACUCUAUACCUCUGGGGUAACAAUUUGAGCGGAGCAAUUCCUAGGUCAUUCUUCCAGCUCCAAAAUCUUGAAUUUCUUCACCUUUCCUAUAAGAACUUGAGUGGACAACUUGAGUUUGAUCAGUUUUCCCAGCCCAAAAAGUUAAAGGGACUUCUAUUAUCACACAACAAGUUAUCUCUGCAGAUCAUAACCAAUUUGAGUGCUACUAUUCCACAGCUUGAAGUUCUAGACUUGUCUUCAUGCAACUUAACAGAGUUUCCAGAAUUUUUAAAAUAUCAAUCGGAAUUGCACUACUUAGGACUUCAAGACAACAACAUUCAAGGGCGAAUACCAAAAUGGGUGUGGAAUGCAAGUAGAGAAACUUUGUUGACUCUCGACCUCUCUUCCAACUUCUUAACGGGAUUUGACCAAAAUCCAAUCAAUCUUCCAUGGCAGAAUCUAUAUGAUUUAGAUCUCCGGACCAAUAUGUUACAAGGAUCACUGCCAAUUCCACCACAAUCAAUCAGAAACUAUAUGGUCGGCAGCAAUCAUUACAGUGGAGAAAUUUCGCCCUCGUUCUGCAACUUGAAUCAUUUGCACAUUCUUGAUUUGUCCAACAACAGCCUGAGCGGCAUGCUUCUACAAUGUUUGGGGAACUCCAGUGCUCUUGGGAUAUUGAAGCUGACGAACAAUUCUUUUCAUGGCGGUAUUCCUCAAAUGUGUCCAGAUGACAAUAGUUUGAAAAUGGUUGAUUUAAGUUACAAUCAGUUACAGGGGAAGAUACCAAGAUCAAUGGCCAAUUGCACUCAAUUAGAGUUUCUUAAUCUUGGAAACAAUCAGAUAAGCGACAUCUUCCCAUCUUGGUUAGGAGCACUUCCAGCAUUAAGGGCUCUCAUUUUGAGGUCCAAUCGAUUUCAUGGCAUGAUUGGGAAGUCUGCAACUAACCAAGACUUCCCAAAGUUGUGCAUCAUUGAUUUAUCUAACAACGGUUUUUCAGGUAUGUUACCCUCUAACUACUUAGAGAACUGGAAUUCCAUGAAAUUUGUUGAUGCGAACGAGGAAACUUAUUUUGAAGUCCUUUCGAUGUCAGACAGCUCAGUUAUGACAAACAAAGUUAAUGCUGUUUAUGUUUAUGAAUACUCGAUCACAAUUUUUGCAAAAGGCCUUAUUUUGCUUAACCUCUCCAACAACACUCUCACUGGUCUCAUCCCAUCGUCUUUAUGGAACUUGACGGCUCUUGAAUCGUUGGAUCUCUCCCGAAACCAGCUCUCAGGAAGGAUCCCCGGUAAUUUGGCACAACUCACUUUCCUUGAAUAUUUCAAUGUAUCCUAUAACCAUCUUCGGGGUCCUAUACCACUUGGCCAACAAUUUGGUACAUUCCUAGAAGAUUCAUACCAAGGAAACCCAGAUCUGUGUGGAAAGCCUUUGUCAAAGAAAUGUGAUAGCUCAAUAUCGCUACCACCAUCAAUCUUUGAAGAAGAUGAAGAUUCCGGGUUUCAAAUUGCACUAGAUUGGUAUGUGGUUCUGCCAGGAGUUGUUAGUGGUCUAAUAGUUGGAGUGGUUGCUGGGAACUUUUGGACAAGCAAGAAUCAUGAAUGGUUUUUAGAGAAAUUUAGCAGGAAGAGGCAGCCAAGAGGCACACGGGGAAGGAGAGGACACAGAAACUAA